CCUCCAUGGGCGCCGCGCUCGCCCGCAGCCGCCGCGGGCGCGGGGCGCGCGCGAAGCCGCCAUGGGCCUGAUCUGGCUGCUGCUGCUCGGCCUGCUGGAGCCCGGCUGCGGCGCGGCGGGCGCGGGGGCGCGGGCGCGGCGCGACGCGGGCGGGCGCGGCGGCGUCUACGAGCACCUCGGCGGGGCGCCCCGGCGCCGCAAGCUCUACUGCGCCACCCGGUUCCACCUCCAGCUGCACCCGAGCGGCCGCGUCAACGGCAGCCUGGAGCACAGCGCCUACAGUAUCCUGGAGAUCACGGCGGUGGAGGUGGGCAUCGUGGCCAUCAAGGGGCUCUUCUCCGGGCGCUACCUGGCCAUGAACAGGCGGGGCAGGCUCUACGCUUCGGAGAGCUACAACGCUGAGUGCGAGUUUGUGGAGCGCAUCCACGAGCUGGGCUACAACACCUACGCCUCCCGGCUGUACCGGACGCUGCCCAGUGGCUCGGGGGCCCGGCGCCAGCCCGGCGGCGCCGAGAGACUGUGGUACGUGUCGGUGAACGGCAAGGGCCGGCCCCGCCGGGGCUUCAAGACGCGCCGCACCCAGAAGUCCUCGCUGUUCCUGCCCCGGGUGCUGGACCCCAAGGACCACGAGAUGGUGCGGCUGCUGCAGAGCGGGGCCGGGCUCCCCGGCGUCCUGCCCAGGCCCCCGGCCCAGGGCGUCCCGCCCCCACGGUGGCGACAGCGGAAGCGGAGUGGGGCCGGCAGGAGGCGUGGGGGCCCGGCCCCUCGGGGCUCCGGGCUCCAGGCCAGCGGCCCGGUGGGAAUGGACUAG